AUGUCCGAACGAAAUUCUAGUAACCGAUGGAGUGUGGAACAAUCAUCUCACACUGGUGGAUCAAUUUCCUAUUUCGAGCAUGAGAUAAAUUUGGAAGCUAGAGAAGGUCGACCGCCAACAGCACAUGAGUUGUUUUUGCACACACACACGAAAAAGCAUGAUCGAAUGACUUUUGUUGAUAGUAAAUCAGAAAAGACUAAUGAGGUUGCAGGCUGUAAGAAAAAAGGGAGAGUCUAUGGCCUUGGGUGCCAAUCAUAUAAAUAUUUUCCACCACCAAUUGAUAAGAUAAGUGCAACACAAACUUCGGAAACAGAGUCACGAUACAAGAAAGCCAUACUUUUUAUGAGUGAGGAGUUGCGAGCCGUAAAGAAGCAAUUACGAGCAGAAAGGACUAGUUGGAAAAAUAAAUUCAAUGGCUUAUGUGAGCAUCUUGGUUUCUCGACUGAGAUUUUGCAACCUAAAGGUAAGAGAAGUGUUGAACUGGAAAAUUAUACUUCAGAUAGUAGUAAUGAUGAUAAUGAUGAUGAAAGCCAAUCACAAGAAGGUUCAAUGGAUUAUGGCGAUGAGGAAGAUAGUGAGUCAGAUAGCGGUUCAAUGGAUUCUGGAAAUGAGGAUGGUAGCGAAUCCGAUGGAGAUUCAAUGGAUGGCAACCACCUCUCAGAUUAG